CUGCUCUCCCCUCCCCUACCUCCCUUGAUCUUCCAGCUCAGGACACCUGGCCAGACCCAGGCUGGGGAGCUUGCCCCCUGGGUCAAGUGACCAGAGCUGGGGGCUCUGGCCUGAAGACUCCAGCUUCUCUUCUCCAGGUUCCCAUCUGAUGCGGAGAUGGCUGAUGCCCAGAACAUUUCGCUGGACAGCCCAGGGAGUGUGGGAGCUGUGGCAGUGCCUGUGGUCUUUGCUCUAAUCUUCCUGCUGGGCACAGUAGGCAAUGGGCUCGUGCUGGCCGUGCUGCUGCAGCCUGGCUCCAGUGCCUGGCAGGAACCGGGCAGCACCACAGAUCUGUUCAUCCUCAACCUGGCCGUGGCUGACCUCUGCUUCAUCUUGUGCUGCGUGCCCUUCCAGGCCGCCAUCUACACACUAGAUGCCUGGCUCUUUGGGGCCCUCGUCUGUAAGGCUGUGCACCUGCUCAUCUACCUCACCAUGUAUGCCAGCAGCUUCACUCUGGCUGCUGUCUCAGUGGACAGGUACCUGGCCGUUCGGCACCCGCUGCGCUCGCGGGCCCUGCGCACGCCGCGCAACGCCCGCGCUGCCGUGGGUCUAGUGUGGCUGCUGGCGGCGCUCUUCUCGGCGCCCUACCUCAGCUACUACGGCACGGUGCGCUACGGCGCGCUCGAGCUCUGCGUGCCCGCCUGGGAAGACGCACGCCGGCGCGCCCUGGACGUGGCCACCUUCGCCGCCGGCUACCUGCUGCCUGUGGUCGUGGUAAGCCUGGCCUAUGGGCGAACGCUGCGCUUUCUGUGGGCCGCCGUGGGCCCCGCGGGUGCGGCGGCGGCCGAGGCGCGGCGACGGGCCACGGGCCGCGCGGGGCGCGCCAUGCUGGCGGUGGCGGCGCUCUACGCCCUUUGCUGGGGUCCGCACCACGCGCUCAUCCUCUGCUUUUGGUACGGCCGCUUCGCCUUCAGCCCGGCCACCUAUGCCUGCCGCCUCGCCUCGCACUGCCUCGCCUACGCCAACUCCUGUCUCAACCCGCUGGUUUAUGCGCUCGCCUCGCGCCACUUCCGCGCGCGCUUCCGCCGCCUGUGGCCUUGCGGCGGUCGCCGUCGGCGACACCGCGCCCGCUGCCCUCCGACAGCCCGCCGCGCUCUGCGGCGCGUCCGUCCCGCGUCCUCCAGCCCAGCCGGCUGCCCCGGGGACGCCCGGCCUCGCGGAAGGCUGCCGGCGGGCGGUGGCUGGGGAGGGGACUCCAGGGAGGGGCCCGCCGGUGGCAGAGAUGCUGGACGAGCCCUGCUUGCCCGAGGACCCGAAUAAACCUUGCC